UAUAGCAACCGUAGCUCUGGUGGUAAACAGGAGUUUURCAUUAGGCUGGAAAACGCACACAGACCAUGGAUUCAGUAGGUCUGGAUCAGUCUGCUUUAAAAGCAGUGAAUGACUACUGGGAGUACACAAGGAUUGUGGGUGAUGAUGAUGGUGGAAAACUGCUAACUCCGGAGCAAUACGAAGAGUACAAGAGAAAAGUUCUUCCUCAGCGUAUGAAAAACAGGCUGUAUGUGAGCUUUGGUGUGCCMGGGGGUGUGGACUGCAAACAGAUUGGCCCUGAGACCCCGUGCUUCUGCGCUCACAGGUACAAGCAGCACAAGACAGAGUGGGAUCUUGUUCCCUCUAAGAGACCCCUCGCUCUACCGUGCCGGAUCGGGGGAUGCCGCUGCUCUGCUUUCCAGUACGUUCCACGACUUGGAUCAAACCCUGUGCGUUGCAGGUGUAAACACUUACCCCAGGAUCACAAUGAAGCCCCGGAUCACGUGUGCAACAAGUGCAAUAACUGUUCUGGGUUCCAGAGUCCCUACACUUGUGGUUGUGGCCAGCCAUGUUCUGUGCACCRAACCUUGGUGGAGACAAAAGCAGAGCGGGAGGCAAGAGGUCAGGCUGUUGGCAGAGAUGUUCCGUACGCCGCCAUGGGAGGAUUGACAAGCUUCAGCUCUUUGAUGGAUGGUUACCUUGCUUUGGAAGCUACUUGCUCAGAUAAAGACAGAGACGAAGGCUGCUCGCAGAGACACUCCGCAUCGACGUGAAUGGAGAUUGAGGAUCUCGUUCCCUCCACUGGUGGCCCAGUUUUCCAACAUCUUCAACACAAUUAACAAGGCC